UUCCAGCCAUGAAGUUAAUUGUUUUAAUAUUUUUAUUAAUAAUUUUGGAAUUUUGUAAUGUCCAAAGUUCUGGUACAAAAUUGUACAGUCAAUAUUGUACCAAAGGAAGUGGAAGCAAAACUAAAGACAGAAAUCCUUCAGGUGGAAUUAUUGUAAAAGAUUUUUGCACAAAAAAUAAAAAAUGUAAGGAACAUUGUAUUACAGAAUGCGACUUGAAAGGUGGUUCUUGUGAAAAAAAUGAUUGUCAUUGCAGAAAUAAGGAUCGAAAUCCUACGGAAAUUAUCGUGAAAGAUUUUUGCAAAAAAAAUAACGAAUGUAAAGAACAUUGUAUUACAGAAUGCGGUUCUUGUGAUAAAAAUGAUUGUCAUUGUAAAAUGCCUAAAUAA